AUGAAGAAGGAAGACACCUAGAGCAAGAUGGAUGUAGGCAGCAAAGAGGUCUUGAUGGAGAGCCCACCGGAUUACUCAGCAGCCCCCCGGGGCCGGUUUGGCAUUCCUUGUUGCCCUGUGAACCUCAAGCGCCUUCUCAUCAUUGUUGUGGUUGUGGUCCUUGUUGUUGUGGUGAUUGUAGGGGCCCUGCUUAUGGGUCUUCACAUGAGCCAGAAACAUACUGAGAUGGUCCUAGAGAUGAGCAUGAUGGGGCCGGAAGCCCAGCAACGCCUGACCCUGAGUGAACAUGCUGGUACAACUGCUACCUUCUCCAUUGGCUCCACUGGCAUUGUAGCAUAUGACUACCAGAGGCUCCUGAUUGCUUACAAGUCAGCCCCUGGAACCUGUUGCUACAUCAUGAAGAUGACUCCAGAGGGCAUCCCCAGUCUUGAGGCUCUCAUUAGAAAAUUCCAGAACUACCAGGCCAAGUCUGCAGUGCCUACUUCUAAGCUGGGCCAUGAGGAAAGGCACAAUGCAGGAGACGUGGCCUUCCUGGGCACCACUGUGAGCAUCCUAUGUGGCGAGGUGCCCCUCUACUACAUCUAA